ACACUCAUCACGUGACAACAACAGUUGUGAAAACUGAAUAUGGAGGGAAGCAAUCGUACUAAACCAACACGACAAAAAUGAGGAAGUAAAUAUUGAAUUUAACGAAAGAAGAUGGACAAUGGCGAGUGGAGACCAGCAGAUGACAAUUAUGGUGUCGCUAUAUGUACCUACAAACCAAGAGUGGAGAAAGGCUUAAGUCUAAAUGUGGGGGAAACAGUUCACAUACUGGAGGAGUAUGGGGGCGAAAAUGGGUGGUAUUAUGGCGAAUCAAUGAGCAGAAAAACAGGAUGGGGAAUAUUUCCAAAGAGUUUCAUUCACAUCAAGGAUUGCAUUACUGAGGGAAAGGGACAAUACCAAACAGUCAUUCCAAAAGAAGACCACAUGGUCAGAGAACUGACCUUUGGCCUACGUGAAUGGUUCCAAACCUGGAAGACCAAGUACCUCUGUCAAGGAUGGAGCCAGAUGCUGGACGAUGUGGCCGUAGUGAUGGCAGAUCUGACUGUACUUCGAGGCAGACUCCUAAAGGACACUCUGUCAGCGGAACAAGCUACCAGUCUACGAGAAGAAAUUGCCACGCUUGUAGACUGGGGAAACGGGCAGUUAGGAAUGGAUUUUAUUCCAAGAAAAAAUGGCCAGGAGCUUAAUCCUGAUGAGUGCAGUGUCAUAGAACUGCACAGGGUGCACAGUCAAGGAGUGGAGAAACUCCGCAGCACUAAGUCUACAAAGCGAACACGAUUACCCACAGAGUCCUGCCGCACAGAGGAAGGGAAUAUAUUUAAUCUUCUCGUGUGUUAUCGCAGCAAUCAGUGUAAUAUAGCCGACGACUCUAUCGUAUAUCUCUCCAUAUACAGUGCCAAAGAUGACAAAUUUAUCAGUGAACAGUAUGAAAUCCGACUGAACAAGAAUGGAUUUCCUGUGGAUGUGGAGAGAUCAGAUAUCUUGAAUUCUCUUUUUACUGAUCUUUCACCAGAGGAUGUGAACAAAAAUUUAUUCCUUGUUGUUCGUAUAUACAGAUAUGGUCGAAUGUUACAUGAUCACAAGGAACACAAGAAGCCCCUUACAUCACCAUACAGACGGCCCUGGGGGGUUGGAGUGUUAAGUGUUCGAGAAAUUCAGGAACAAAUGGACAUUGUAGAUGAUUUAUAUGAGUGUAACUUAAAGGUUGUGAGCUGUACUGAUGACAGCAUAUUCUCAGAAUUCCAUGAAUCCUUGAUCAAACGUUAUAGUAUAUCCUCAUCUGCCAGUUCCAGCCAACUCAAAGCUUCUGCAUCAAAUCCAGAACGGGCAAGUCUUGGUCUACAUCUGGCUGUGAAAAUCAUCACAGGUGACCUGAAAAAAUGUCAGACUGAACAUCCCAUGCUAUUUACCAAAGGAUUGGCUGUGAUACAAAAAAUGGACUUCUCUGAUGUUAUUAACCCUGGGGAAGUCCGUAAUGAUGUGUACUUGGAACUGCGUGAGGGGGAUUUUGAUAGAGAUGGUAAAAAAGCUCAGAAAAAUGUGGAAGUAAAAGUGACAGUGUUAGACAAGGAAGGACGCCACAUUCCAAAAUGUAUAAAUUAUGGUUAUGCGGAAGAGUUACAAGACACAUUCCGAUCCAGCGUACUAUAUCAUAACAAUGGACCAAAAUGGGGGGAAAUUGUCAGGAUCUCAAUACCAAUGGAAAAGUUUCCAGGAUCAAGUGUACUGUUUGAAAUCUCCCAUUGCUCAACUAAAGCGAGUAAGGCAGAGAAAAAACUGUGUGGAUUUGCUUUCAUGAGAUUGACAGACGAUGAAGACAUUGUUAUAAAAGAUGCAUUUCACAAUCUUUGUAUAUAUAAGUGUGAGGACCCAAGUAAAAUCAAGUAUGAGAAGUACAAAACCAUGCCAUUUCUGGUAGAUGACUGGGGGAUGCCUCGCCAAUCAGUGUUCAUAUCAAAAUCUCUGCCGUACGUCCGCAGUCCGAAGGAGACCAUGCAAGUCUCCACCAAACUGACAUCAACCAAGUUCACACAGACAUCUGAACUCCUUGGAAUUUUGAAAUGGAAAGACUGCAUGUCCGACCUGGAUAAAAAUCUGGAUAAACUAAUGAAACUCCAGGGAGGAGAGAUAAUGAAGUUUCUGUCCGACAUUCUUGAUGCUUUGUUUGAGAUGCUACAAGCUGGCAACCAAACCCCAUAUUAUACCAAAGUGUUCCAUGCUUUAACUUUUAUUUUGAAUCUGCUGCUAGACAGUCGCUUUGAGAACUUUGUCCCUGUCCUUGACAGUUACCUCAAAGAGACGUUCACCUCCCCCCUAGUCCAUACCCAUCUGAUGUCUUUGUUCUCCUCUGGCAUUGAGAGAGCUGUCAACGGGGAGUCAUUUCCUGUGGCCAUGUCACUCAAGGUGCUCGCUCCACUGGUGAGGUUUAUCGUUCGCUCUCGAGAACUAGAGACUCUUAACCCAAUGUGUGUCAAUCCUAAGUCAGACCAAGAAUUCAGCAUUCUGAUUGCCAAGCUGUUUGACAGCUUUGGGCUUCUUCUGUCUAGCAAGGAUCAGAAACUUAAGAUCUCACAGAUGGCCCUGUUGUCCAACCUCCAGAAGUCCUUUGAGACUUUUGUAGUGGUCAUGACCAAAAGAGAGCUUGCUGAAUAUGUCAAGGCGGUAAUUUCCAAACUGCCCUCUCCACGAGAGAUCUCAGAAGAUGUGGCCAGGAACAAGAUGGAAUUUAUCCGUGAAAUUGUCAACUCUGAGCUCUUCAUUGAUGAUGAAUCUCGCAGUGUUUUGCUGCCUUUGUGUGUAUCUCAGGUUCGAAAUUGCUUGCUACAAAAGACUUUUCUGCAACUUGUGACUAAUACGCUGGGAGACCUACUGGAUAAACUAUUCAAACUCAAACAGGAAAAAGACAUGGCAGAUGACAUAGAGAUGUUUGUCAAGAUGAUGUUUCAAGUAAUGGUGGAUACCACUUUGAGCCUGAGCGAGAAGGUCGUUUCUCAUCCCUCGUACAUCUCGUCCUCACUUUCAUCACAACACGAAUCAAAUGAUUUUGAUUGUGAGGAAGAAGAAGUUCAGAAAAAAGGAAGCAAGCGGCAGGUUGACCGUGAUCGUCGCCGAACUUUGACAGGAAUUAACUUCUUUAACAAAGGGCGUCCUCCCUCAAUGUCUAUGCAGCCAUCUGUUCCAAAUCUGAAAACAGUCGAUAGUACUCCUGUUAAAAUUCUGGAUAUUGGAGAACUAUACAAGAAAAGAGUGCCUGCCUUCUCCAUGGAAGACCUAGGGCUCAGUGGAGAAAUGAUUUCCUGCAUGGCAGAACUGUUGAGGCUGAUGGAACACAGGCAUUAUAAUGUCAUCCUCAAACCAACACAGUCAUCGCUCAAAGAUUUUCUUGGGAAAGUUCUGCUGACUUUUCGUGAGUUGAUCAAAGAAGAUCUGUUCCCGUCUGGUUGGACGGUCAUGAGGAUGGUGAUUAAUAAUGCACUAUUCACUGCCAUUGAAUAUCUGUCAACAGCAUUAAGUGAGCACUUUCUCCAAAAGGAUCAGUUUAACCAGCAGCUAUGGAGUCACUACUUCAAUCUGUCUGUGGCAUUCAUCACACAACCCAGUCUACAGCUAGAGAUGUACUCAGAGGCCAAGAAACAAAAGAUUGUGGAAAGGUACCAAGACAUGCGGAUCCUGAUGGGACAACAGAUACAAACUCUGUGGGAGAACUUGGGAGCCAACAGACGCCAUUUCAUUCCAUCGCUGAUCGGUCCCUUCCUGAAGGUGACCCUGGUACCUGAAGAAGAACUGAGAAAAGCCACCAUCCCUAUUUUCUUUGACAUGAUGGAAUCGGAGAUGAAAACCUGUGGGAACUUUCAGAUGGUUGAGAAUGAAAUGAUAGAGAAGUUGGAUGAGUUUAUCACCUCAGAGAACCUUGGCGACACAGACUACAUGGCUCUCUUCAGCACUAUAUUGCUGGAGAAAGUGGAGAAAGAGCCUGAGCUGAAGGAUAAUGGUCGCCAGUUUGUCCUGUCAGUGACCAACCUGUUGGAGAGGCUGCUCGACUACAGACAAGUAUGUGGUGGAGAAGACCACAGGAGCAGCCACAUGAAGUGUACCUUCAACAUCUUGAACUUUUACAAAGACAACACAAACAAAGAGGAGAUGUACAUACGCUACAUUAAGAAGUUGUACGACCUUCACCUUGGGGCUCAGAACUAUGUGGAGGCUGGGCUGACCCUCAAGUUGUACGCCCAGCUGCUGCAGUGGAAGGACGGAGUCAGGAAGGAGGAGCUCGACUACCUGGCCCAGCCUGAGUGGGAGAGGAAAGAAAGGGUCUACCUACAGAUCCUGGACUGCUUCGACAAGGGCAAGGUUUGGGAAUAUGGAAUUCCGCUGUGCAAAGAGUUGGCUGAUGUUUAUGAGAAGAAGUAUGAAUACAGGAAACUGAGCAACAUUUUGGAAAGACAGGCACGGUUUUUUAGCAACAUAUUAGAUGGAGUCAAAGUUCAGGAGGAGGGACAGGACAGGCCGGUCUUCUACCCGCGUCAGGAACCCACCUACUUCAGAGUGGCGUACUACGGCCAGCUCUUCCCUCCAUUUGUUAGAAACAAAGUGUUCAUCUACAGAGGAAACGAGUGUCUGAAGCUACAGGACAUCAUUAACCAGCUGAAGCAGGAGUACCCAAUGGCUACCAUCCUACAGUUCAACAAUGUCAUCGACGACCAGAAAAAAAUGGGGGAGGCUCAAUACAUACAGAUUGGCAGCGUCAAACCUCGCCCAGAGGAUAAACCUGAGUUUGUGUACAACAGUGGUGUAGCUCCUGAGAUUAAAAACUUCUAUACGGUUAAUGAUGUCAGUACAUUCCAGUUUGAUAGAUCUUUUCACCGAGGAGAGAAGGAUCCAAACAAUGAGUUCAAGACCCUGUGUACAGAGAGGCUGGUGAUGCACACCAACUACACGUUCCCCGGGAUCCUCCAGUGGUACGAGGUGAUCCGCACCGAACAGCUGACCCUCAGUCCUGUGUGUACAGCCAAUGAAGCUGUCAAAUCAGCAUGUAAAGAACUGCAAAAAGAGAUUGACAAAACUAAAAAAGACUCUUCCAUUGAUGCUAUUAAAUCUCUUUCCAUGAAAUUACAAGGAAUGAUUAGUGCCUCUGUUCAAGGUGGAAUACCAAAGUAUCAAGAGGCCUUCUUUUCGCCGGAUUAUGAGCGACUUCACCCUGAGGAGAGAGACAGAAUACGAGAGCUGAAGGAACUCUUGAAUGAACAAGUCAAACUACUGGACCAUGGACUCCAUUUAAUGAAGACCAUGGACCGCAUGCAUGGGACGGGACUGUCAGAUAUGCUGCGUUCCCUUGGUGAAAUAUUACGGGAUAUCAAGGAAAGUCUGGGAAUGCAGUCCUCUUCAGUACGCAGAUCCUCCUCUCAUCUCUCUGUGUCCUCAGUGAGGGAGGUGAAUCGCCGGUCAGACUCAGGAGUGGAGAGUAUGUUGGUGGAGCAGAGACCAGGAACCCCGGGGGGUGGGUCCAUACAGUCAUCAGGAAGCAAUCGUUCCUCAGGGUUCUCAGCAGCAGACGCAGUGUCGGAAGAACUAGUAGACCUGUCUGAACCGGAUCAAGGACCUCAAGAGAAUAUUCCACCUAUAAAUCUACCUACCAACCAGCCACCCAAGGGAGCAUACUCCAACAAUAGCAAGAAAAAGCGUCCAUUUUCAAUGAUACUAAGCACUGAAAAGAAACCUCGAGUUCCACCAAAGUCUGUGUGGUACGACUCUGGUACAGUCAGCUCAUCACUGCUGGAGAAGUCCAUAUCAGAUCCAGAUAUUUCACGUCAGCCAUCCCACAAAUACCCAGAUUCAUUCAGCAGAGACAGUCCCUUCAGACAUCCAGGUCUGUCUGCAGAGCCCAUCCCAGAAAAACCUGAGCCCCCUCCCAAACAACGGCAGCCAAAGGAAACACAGGAACUUGUCAAAAGUGAAAUUAGUGCUACAUCCAAUCGUGUACCCCCAUUACCUCCCCGUAAACCCUCCCUAGGGAAACAAACAAACGGACUUCAUCGACCCUCCAUGUAUGAGCCGGUGGAGUCCUCACAGAGUUCGGACACUCCUCCUCCUAUUCCUCAGAGGGCCUCUGUUCUACGUUCCACAGUGCCAAAGCCUGCUCCUCGCUCCUCAGUGAUCCGGCAUGAGGAAAACAGUAGACUCUGAGAGAGGUUGGGGCACUCCUGGGAUAGAACUAAGCCCUGCAGAUCUCUGCUAAUGGGGAUUAUCCUCUGAGAUUAAAACACAGUGAGAAGACUGAAACUAGUGCUAAAAUCUACGUUGUGGACUGUACGCAUAAUCUGGGCAAGUGAUAAGGGAGAGGAGAAAGGCGUGAUUUCUGUUGGUAGUGUAGAUGGUAAUGGCGGCUCUCCCCUGGCAAUAGACUGUGAUAUACACAAAUCUCAUGUGUGGGAUUUUUUUCAGAUUAAUCUUUACACAAGAAGUUUUUACCAAUGCAUACAAGAAUAUUGACUGUUCAUGUCGUCAUUUUGCAUCUACAAAUGAUAUUCAUUGUUGCAAUCUUUCAUUUUUAAAAAUUUUAUUUUUAUGUGAAAUAUAUUUGCAGGUUACAGAUUUAAUUUCAAGAAUUUUCAUAGAAUCAGAGAACAAUCAACAUUGUACUUAAAUCUCAUCCAGGAACUGAUCUGUUGUUGUGUGUGUACUAAUGAUUAUUUCAUGAUCAAAUAAAAGACAUUGAUUCUUAACUACAUGUAUUUAUUCUGCAAAAUGUUUCAUGUAGAUUCUGUUAUAAAAAGUGCAUCAUGUAUGUAAAUAAAUAUACAUUUACCCCUG